AUGUCGAGAAUCGGCGCGAGGUCAUUGGUUGAUUCCAACUUGGAGCUGAACUCUGUCGAAGCGGCCAUGCUGAGAGCAUGCAGAGCGUCGUCGUCGGCACCUAGAGCCUCGACAAACGCCGUCCGCCAACGCGGAUUUGCGACUGUGCAAGACACGCCCGUCCGACGCUAUGGAGGCCUCCGGGACCAGGAUCGAAUAUUCACAAACGCAUAUUGUCGACAUGACCAUGGUAUCAAGGGUGCAAAGUCCCGAGGAGAUUGGCACCGCACAAAGGACAUUUUGUUAAAGGGGGAUAAUUGGAUUAUUCAGACUAUCAAGGAUUCUGGUCUCCGUGGCCGUGGAGGGGCUGGGUUUCCUAGUGGCUUGAAAUGGAGCUUCAUGAAUAAGCCAAACUGGCAGGCGGACAAACGACCUCGCUACCUGGUUGUGAACGCAGACGAGGGCGAACCUGGGACAUGCAAGGACCGCGAAAUCAUGCGAGGAGACCCACACAAGCUCGUCGAGGGAUGUCUCGUCGCAGGACGUGCGAUGAAUGCCAACGCAGCCUAUAUCUACAUCCGUGGCGAAUUCUACCUCGAGGCCCAACGUGUGCAACAAGCGAUUGACGAGGCAUACAAAGAGGGCUUGAUUGGCAAAAACGCAUGCGGUUCCGGAUACGAUUUUGAUAUCUAUGUUCACCGUGGGGCUGGCGCAUACAUUUGUGGCGAGGAGACGGCGCUCAUCGAGAGUAUCGAGGGCAAGCAAGGCAAACCCCGUCUCAAGCCGCCGUUCCCGGCUGAUGUCGGUCUCUUUGGGUGUCCGUCGACGGUGGCAAACGUCGAGACGGUUGCGGUCGCGCCGACAAUUUGUCGAAGGGGUGCGCCUUGGUUUGCGUCGUUUGGUCGUGAGAGGAACCAGGGUACCAAGUUGUUUUGCAUCUCGGGUCACGUGAACAAUCCGUGUGUCGUCGAAGAGGAGAUGAGUAUCCCGCUCAAGGAUUUGAUUGAAAAGCAUUGUGGAGGCGUCAUUGGUGGAUGGGAUAAUCUCUUGGGUAUCGUUCCAGGAGGUAGUUCGGUACCAAUUCUGCCCAUUAACAAGUGCAGCGAAGUCUUGAUGGACUAUGACUCGCUCAAGGAUGCUCAGUCUGGACUUGGAACGGGUGCUGUUAUUGUGAUGAACAAGAGCACAGACGUCGUUGCAGCCAUUGCGCGCUUCUCAAAGUUUUAUAAACACGAGUCUUGCGGACAAUGUACACCGUGCAGAGAGGGCACGACAUGGAUGAUGAACAUGAUGAACCGACUGGUCGAGGGACAAGCGCACCAGCGGGAGAUUGACAUGCUGUUGGAGAUUACCAAACAAGUCGAAGGACGUACCAUUUGCGCUCUAGGCGACGCAGCUGCAUGGCCAAUCCAGGGUCUGAUGCGCCAUUUCCGACCAGAAGUCGAGGCGCGGAUUGCCGAGUUUAGAAAGUUGAAUGGACCGGUGAUGUUUGGAGGCAAGAUGCUCAAGGAUAUCGACGACCGAACGCUGGCUCUGCCAGACAAUUUGGGUGGCAACUUGGUGGAAGAUGGAGAUCGAUACCUGAAAGCACCAACACCACCACCAGCAUAG